AUGACUCAUUCAUGUGCCGAGUUCGGUCGUCUGCGCUGUUCUGUGCUGGUGGUCUCGUUUGGCGCCCGGGAGGGGGCGCUCCGCUGGCUGGCCGAUACGGGCUGCGAGUUCCCCCUGCUGCUGGACCCCGAGCGGCAGCUGUACCGCGCCCUCGGACUGGCCAGGUCCAUCGCCAAGGUAUGGCAGCACAGCACUCUCCAGUACUACGGCGGCCAGAAGGCUGCCGGCCGGCCCCUGCCCGCCGCCUACACGGGUGUAGAGGACGACCCUCAUCAGAUGGGCGGCGACUUUAUAGUGGACGGCUCCGAUCGUCUCGUUCUGGUGCACUGUAGCACCAGCCCGCCGGACCGGCCUACCGUUCCCGCCCUGCUCACCGCCGUCCGAGCGCUGGAUGAACAGAGCCAGUAG